AUGAAGUUAGGUUUAACAUCUGACUGUGCCAUGUUUAUUGAUAAACAAACUAGAAAAUACGAAAAUGAUGAUAAACAAGAUGCUGUUUAUUAUGCACUUCAAUAUUGUUUAUAUCGAUGUUUUCUUAUAUAUGAAAUACCAGUUGAUCCAUCAUUAACAUCUACACCACUAAACAAAAUACAAACAUUGGAUAUUCAAGUAACACAUGAAUUAUUACCAAACAAUUUUCAACCCGUUACAGCUAAGAAUUAUCAUACAAAUAUGCAAUAUGUUAGUUUACGUGAAACUGGAUUAAUACAGGAGAGAAACGAUGCGAAACUAUUAUUUCAUGCAACUCAAGUACACAAAGCUGCUCAUAUUCUUCGUUACGGCCUCGAUGCUGUGAGUGCUCGUCUAAAUUUAGACUUUGGACUAGGUUUUUAUGUGAAUACGUCGUUUACAGAUGCGAAAGAUUGGUGUGAACGUCGGAUUGCACCAUAUAGUGACCAACAAGCUGCAAUACUCAUCGUCGAAGUACCACAGGCCGAUUAUAAUACACGGAAUAAUCAUUAA